AAUGCCAGGCAUUCGUCUUUGCAAUCCCAAAUUGUCAAGGGUAAAAGAAAGGCACCCACUAGAGACCUUCGGAUGGGAGACAAGGAGGGCAAAUAGAGGACCCAAGAUAUCUCCAGCACGUCUACUGUUAGGGGCCCCUAGACCUGCAUCCACUAAAUUGGUACCGAUCUUCUCAGGAGGGCCACAAUGGCCUCUCUCCAGGUUUGGCAGGCACGAAAUGAGACCUGCGGUUCCAUCGACCUGGGACUUUUUCUGCAUUAUUCGCUUAUUCCAUCAUUUGCCAUAAUUGUGGUGCUGUCCUGUCUCGAAAGAAGAGCCAGGAGAAGUCCAGUGGAUGAAAAAUGGCCCCUUCUCAACAGACGAUGUGGGAUCGUGGUACCCUUGGAUUUUGCAGGGGCAUUCAAAAAUCGGUGGUCGCUGGGUUUUGCCUUCGGGGCUACCGCCAACAAAGUCAUGAUUCUGUUUUCAGAAGGCUACACUCCACUGCAAGUGGUGCCCAAAUGGAUGCAAGCCAUUGUGCUCCUCAUUGGUGCCCUGGAAGUGGGAGUCUCCUCCUACCCUUUCUUCGCUUGUCUUUCGACGCACUCCCAGACUGCAGGGCCUGCGCUGGGAUUCCUUUACACAGGAACAUGGUUUGUGAUCAUGAACAUACACAUCAUACUAUGCCCACAUGGACAAGUUGCAGGACCCUAUGAGAAGAUAAUUUUUUACUGGCCCUCUUUGUUCUGCCAGGUCUUCUUGCUGGGCAGGUUUGCUUAUAAGUUUGUGAAUGCCUCAUGGGUCCAACUCAAGAUGGGUCAUCUUAAGGGGGAGUCCUCUUUCCUGGAGGGACAUCAGGCCCAGUAUGUCCAGCAACUGAUGAGGAAGCCUCAGCUUCAGCAGCCUCAGAAAUCCUGGUUUCAGCAGAAGGUAUAUGAAUGGGACCCUUACUUUCAUUUCCCCAGCAGAAUGAUCAUCACAGCUAUGCUUGCCCUAAUAUGCCUCUACAUGUUUGUUGUGACUGAGUAUCAUGUUUACAAGCUUGUUUUGCAUGAAUUGAAGAAUGUGCAGAUGUUUCUUGAGGAAUUUACUACUUCCAUCAAUGUAUCCAGUAACACAUCAGAAGCUGUUGCAGGCAUCCAGAGCUUCACAGAAUUCAUUCAUGUCACAGAAGGUGUCUGGAUGUUCACCACCUUCAGUGCCUGCUUGAUGUGUGUCAGCUAUGUGUUCCACAUCUUAGCCUGCUACAGAAAACACAUGAAGAGGCUGUGGGCAGGGCAGAAGCAAUUCCUUCCUCUGGCCUUUGGAAAAAUUUCAUCUUCUCUCUGUGUGGCAUCAAUAGCAAGAUACUCUGGUUGGCAAAUCGCAUUCAUCUUGUGGGGAUACCUGAUCCUCCACAUAGUACAGUGCCUCUUUGGAAUCUUGUUCAUGUACAGUUUUGUUUUGCCGAUCAAGCACGGUGAGGGGAUAGAAGUGGUUAAAAGUUUGGGAACUGGAAUCCUCACAGUUGCCAUUGUCGUGGGACUUAUGGUGACGCAGAUCACGACUGCGAGGAGCUUCUUCCUUCAGCCAAAAAUUCUACCAAGUGACAAGGAAAAGCCUUUGGCCCUUGAUAACAGGAAGGCAUUCCAUAAUUUCAAUUACUUCUUGUUCUUCUAUAAUGUGCUGCUGGGCCUGAGUGCCUGCCUGUUCCGGUUGCUGGGCAGUGUCCUUGUGGGAACCUGGCUGAUUGCACGGAUAGACAGGACCAUCAUGCCCAAAGGCUAUGAAAACGCAGACAGAGGAUUUAGAACAUGGAUUGGGAUGCUCUUUAUGGACCACUAUCACACAAAUCCCACCCUUGUGUGCUUUUGCCAUGUUCUUGUGGUUGCAACCAGAGGAGGACUGCAGCAAAAAGCCACCGGCUUCCGUAACUUCAGCAAUGCAACAGAUUACAGGAUAUCCAGCAAAGCCAGGACAAGAUGGCUGCUGUUAUAUACUCUUCUAAAUAACCCUAGCCUCUCAAGCCUCAGGAAACCAAAAUCAUAACUGCUUUAUGGAAGCGAAUGAUUUUGCCUAAUUCUGCAGCCACGCUGGAGCCACGAAGAAAGCUCCUUGCGCCUGCAUUAGACUACCCUUUGCAUUGUACUAUGUAACACAGCCAUUAGUUCAUCAGGAUCAGUCCACUCUGGAUGGCAGUGGCUCUUUCUAUCUGUGCAUUUCUGGAUCUCUAUUAAAAAACAAAAGAAAAGAAAUUUCCAUGAAUGGAGGAAUAUACAAAUAGCUACGAUUCAGGGUUGUUGGGGGUGAGUCCUGCUGUCUCUCACCCUCUCCUUUGGCAUCAGACGGGUCUAUGGCUACUGUAUUACUUUCGAUUUCUCCUUUCCUCAGUUUAGUUCACAGACCCAUCUUUUUAACUCUAAGCAAAUGCAUGGGAUAUGUAGGAUUGGCUAUUGGGUGUUGUUCCACCCCAGGAUGAAGAGUAGCUCUUUGCUCCACCCUGUAGUUGCCCUGCAUUUGCACAAAUAGGUCUAGUUUGAUCCAUUUUGCACACUGGUCUGGAAACAGUGCAGAUGCCUAAUCAAGAGAGUCGUGAGCUUUGUCCCGCUUCUCCCCUGAAUUUAUAUACUGUAUAUAUAAGUUAGAACUCCCUGGAUCCAUCAGCUGGAACCUGGUACAAAGAAACCUACACUUACAAAUACAACAGACCUAAU